GGUUGGCAGAAUCCCCAGUAUAAAAGCGGAGGCUCUGAGUCUCAGUCAUCACACAACCUUCGACCACCAUCCAGUCCACACAUACACAAAAAUGGCCAAGUGGAGCAUUGUCGCGCUUGCGCUCAUCGGAUGCGCAGUGGCCGAGCCACCAGUUGGCUACAGCUAUUCAGCGCCAUCUUCCUUAAUCCUCGUUGGUGGCAGCAGUGGUGGUCACUACAGCGGCAGCAGUGGUGGUCACUACAGCGGCAGCAGUGGUGGUCACUACAGCGGUGGCCUCAGCAGCGGCGGUCACUACAGCUCCGUUCCUGUCGGUCAUCAGACUUCAGAAGGAUACAAUGUAGACCCCGUCCUCUUGAGCAAAAUCAAGCAUAUCAUCUUGAAGGAUGAGAUCCAAAACGAGGCUUACCAACAGGCUUCGUCUGGCCAUGGUCACGGGCAUGGCAUCUCCUCUCACUACGGACCCCCCGCGCCAGUGUACGGCGUUCCUCACGACAGGAUUGUUGGUAUCGAAUUGGAGCACAUCCAGCAAGGAAUCCAGGUCGCGCAAUACCACCAAGCCGAGGAAGGUUACUCAGGUGGCUACGCCGGUGGUUAUUCCUCAGGUGGAUAUUCCUCGGGAGGUUAUUCUUCAGGUGGCCAUGGAGGUAUCAGCCAAGGGUACUCAGCUCCCUCAAUUAGCUACUCCACUAUCGGAGUGCCCUCAGGAUCAUACGGAGUGCCCUCCCCCUCAUCGUCGUAUGGUGCCCCUCAUCAUUAAAGUCAUAGGAGUUAAUUUACGAAAAAUGUGAUCGCACUUAGGCUAAUAUGUAUUAUAUUAUUAUUGUAAGUUUCUGUAAAUAAAUCUCCUUUAGUGUAAA